AUUUAAGUGUUUGAGGAAAGUGUAUAAGGUGAGUUAAUUAAAAUGGCGUAAUACCCAAAACGAAAUGUGUAGUGUUUUGAAAACAGAUCGAUCAAGAAGUGCGCCGCUAAGUCUAGCAUAUUCCACAGCUUUUUUCGCUUUCUCCACUUGAUCCAAAAGUUGAACUUCACUCAUAUGUGAUGUUUUGAAAAAACCCAACACUUGUGUAAGUGCUCCAAAACGGAUUCCGACAAGCUAAACCCCAACCAACAGCCAAAUUACAACACCAUGUACCAGAACCAGGGUGGGUACCCGCAAGGUGGAUAUCCGCAAGGAGGCUACCCACAAGGUGGCUAUCCCCCUCCAGGUGGUUAUCCAGCGCAAGGUGGCUAUCCGCCGCAAGGUGGCUAUCCUCCGCAGCCUGGCUAUGCACCUCAACCUGGGUUUCAGCCGGGCUAUGGCGCUCCGGGGUAUGCUGGUGAAGCGGCGGGUGGAUACGGUCAACCAGGUGGAUACGGUCAACCAGGCGUCUCGGAUUUGGGGGAAGAUGGUUCCGUCAAAGGGUUCGAUUUUAAUGACCAGAGCAUCCGCAAAUCCUUCAUUCGUAAGGUGUAUUCUAUCCUGAUGUGUCAGCUGCUGAUCACUAUGGCAUUCAUUACACUUUUCACCUACCACGAGGGCUCCAAGCUGUGGUUUAGAGAACAUACCUACAUGAUGUUCGUUGCCCUGGCCGUGGUGAUCGUGUGCCUGAUCGUGAUGGCGUGCUGCGGCAACGUGCGGCGCCAGGCGCCGAUGAACUUCAUCUUCCUCGGCAUCUUCACUCUCGCGGAGAGCUUCCUGCUCGGGGCCGUGUCCAGCACCAAGGCGCCUGAGGCUGUGAUGAUGGCAGUGGGAGUAACAGCUGCCGUGUGUCUCGCCCUGACGAUAUUCGCUCUGCAGACCAAAUGGGACUUCACCAUGAUGGGCGGAUUCCUCGUCUGCGCUACCGUGGUGCUGCUAUUGCUUGGUCUCGUCGCCAUGUUCGUCCGCAACAACACGCUGCAGCUGGUGUACGCGUCCAUCGGCGCCCUCAUCUUCUCCAUGUACCUGGUGUACGACACGCAGCUCAUGAUGGGCGGCAAGCACAAGUACAGCAUCAGCCCCGAGGAGUAUAUCUUCGCUGCCCUCAACCUGUAUCUGGAUAUUAUUAACAUCUUCAUGUACAUUCUGACCAUCAUCUCCGCUACAAGGGAUUAAGGUAGCGUUGUCGAAAAGGAGGCGGAAUACGUGGCACUUGAAAUUGAUACCGCGUUUAAAGUUCGUUUAAACUGCUCUAAAAGUUUAAUUUCAUAUUUAAAGGCAUAUUUGGUAUUAAUUUUAUCCUUUUUAGUCGUGCUAGAUAUUAUGGAGCUUUAAAUUUUCAUAUAAAAACCCUUUAUACAUAUCUUCAAGUAUCAUUUAAAAUCUUUAAGAUGUACUAAGAUGUAUAGAGUUAUUUAUUAGGUUCAUACACAGAUUAUCAACUUCAGAUGGGGUAUCAAAUUUGAGCGAAGUUUAUUAGGGUAAAAUACCGAUUAUUGGCACUGUAAAGGCGCAUUUUUGUGGGAAAGUGACCACCGCUUAAGUAAAGCCGACAGUAGGGUAUUUUAUCCUCAUACAUUAAAAAAAGGUGACGAAAACGCACACGAUGCAAGAUUUUACAACUUCAGUUGAAAACUAUGACAAUAGAUUUCGAAAAUAUAAAUCUUAGUACUUUCAUUUUAAUUUACUUAAAAAAAGUAAUCGAGUCUUGCUAGAUAGUGCGUAAUUUGUCGUCAUCUUAAUUAAAAACUUAUGUCUCUUAGACUAGAAUAGUGAUGUUUAACCCUUUAACAGUCUAGAACGUCUAUACACGUGCAUAGAAAGACGUGCCUAUAAUGCCAUGACGUGAAUGAACAUCAAGACGUAACCGGCAAAAUCUGUAAUAAUCGAUUUUCCUGUAUUUAUUACUUUGAUUUCAAAUGAAAUUAGCCAGCAGCUUAAAAAACAUUUAGUAGAAUUUUGUGGUACAGUCAAGGUAUUAAAUAUCGAUACGGUCAAAGUGCCAAAAAUAUGUAUACACUAAAUGUAUGGGCAAUAAGGUCGUGUAUACAUAUUUUUUUCACUUUGUCUUCUUCUUCUUCCUUACUUAAUUGCAAAGAUUAGUCUUAUGACGUUGUCACGUUCAACUAUCGUCAGUAAACCGACUUUCACUUUGUCCGCGUCGAUAUUUAAUACCUUCACUGUACGUCUUGUUUGGGGUUUGGUGGUCAAAAGGAGUGUUAUUAUUUUGUGAUUCACAAUAAUUUAUCGUUUUUCAGCUGCACGACAAAAAAAAAACUCAUUUGGUUUGAGUAAAUCACAUAUGAAAAUAUACAUUUUAUUUUCUUAUGUUAGAUUGGAAAUUUGAGAGUAUCCGUCUUGUUUUACCUUUAAAUUAUUUGUAAUAUUAGUAAACAUCGAAUAUUUCUUCUCGAAACUAGACUAAGAUUUUACAAAGGUCCAUAAUAAAUUAUACUUACUCUAAAUUUGCAUUAUUUUUCUUUUCUAAUUGAAAGCAAUAAAAUACUAAUAUAUGUAACAGAAUAAUCUGUAUCUUUCCGAGAAAAUCGUUUGCAGAAAAUUAUAAUUUUAAUAGUAUACGUGAGAAGUAAGAGGUGAUUUGCCUUUACAAGUAUGUAUUGCAGUGGCGGGGUGUCUAUACACUCGAGAGGUAUGAACACUAUUCUCUAGAAUUAAGUUACCCCCACCCCCACUGCAAACAAUUUUCUAUGCAGCCCCCUCUUAAGGGGGUCACUUAAUUCUGCAGAUUAAGAAAUACUGUACAUAGAGGAAGGAGUAUUUUCUUAGCAAUUACUAUGCAGCAUUUUUUCAUUAAAAUACAUAAAAGGCUCAAUUCCGUGUGAAAUGAUAAAGAUUUUUUGAGUCCCAGGCAUACAAAACUUAAUUAACCUUUUGAACGUCACGCCUAUCGCACGCGGCGCGUAAUCAUGAACCUUAUCGGUACGCAUGAAGGUUGAUAUUGAGCUGUAGCCGCGCGCGUCAUAUGACGUCUUUAGCGGUCAAAUGGUUAAAAAACCAAAGAAGUUUUUGACUAUUAAAUUUUGUAAGAAAUCGAGUAUGACAGUUCGCGCGCUUGAAUCAACAAUCAGCUACAUAGAAAUAGCUACAAAAUUUACGAUCACUCUUAAUUUUGACGUACCGCCUUUGAUGUUAUGCCUCACGCAAUAUGUAGUCCUGAUAUUGAUAUUGUGAUGAGACUGAAAUGAUGGAUGUAUAUUUAAUAUUGAUAUUUGUAGUGGAGAAUUAAAAAAAGUUAUAUAGGGUUCCCAGCAGUUACUCGGAAAAAGCUGUAUUACUGAUUGUUGAUUUUUUUAUGUCUUAAAUGUAAAAAACGUCAUUGUGAAUAUGUAUUGAGUAGUUUAGAAGUUAUUUGACGGUGGUAAAUUUUCCUAAGAGAUAAUACUCGAAGAAAAAAUAUCAUCGCUAUUUGCUUCUAUACACUUUGUUUCGUUAUCGUUAUAUCGUUAGUUAUCGGCGGUGAGACAGCUACAUGAAUGACUUCUUUUGUACUUUUUUCAGUGGAUUUAAAUAAUAUACAAACACACCGUCAACCGGGGUGAAUAGGGACGGCUGGGGUGAAUAGGGACGAAACUAAAAAUGUAAUUUACGUAAGAAUUUCUUAAAAAAUAGCUAUACAAAUUGUAUCAUAUAAAGUCUACUAUUAUUUUCAAUCGAAUGAUACAAUUCGUUUAAGAAGGUAUUUUUCAAGAUAUUGCCAGGUAACAUUUUAAGUUUUGUCCCUAUUCACCCCGGUUGAUGGUACAAAGUAUAUUUUGAACUUAUUUUUGAACACAUAAAAUACAUCUCAUAUUUUCAAGGAAUCAAUGAUGGCAGUUUUUUGUGAUGACGAUGUUUUUUUGUGCAGUUUUCUUGUAACAUUAGUGAAUACAAAUACUUAUGGUGGCUGUAGUUUUACGAAGCAGGCGGUCUAGAUAUUUUAACUGGUCUUAGGUUAAAGACCAUAAUUAUAUACUAAUAAUUUAUUAAACUUCGCUAAAUAUAAACCUUAAAAUAAUAUUAAAUAAACCAUGUGUUAUUUUAUUGGUAUUCAUCAGACCAAACUAUCUCUGCACCUUGGCAAGCGACAGACUGUGAAAGUACCGCGAUAAAAAUCAAAUUCCUAUGAAAUUAGAGUCAUACCAAGAUACGUUGGCAGCGCUAUGGAUAGCUCAGCCUGUGCAAGUGUUAAGUAAACGUCAUAAUUUCAUAGAAGUUUGACGUUUAAAAUAACACUUGCACUGUCUGCGCUGCCAUCUUGUUCUGGCUCUGGAAGGAAGUGUGUAAAAGUUGGCUUGCUAUGGUUUUAAGGCCAAAGCACACCGGUCGCGUGUGCGCAGACGUGCACGUACUCGUGCGCUGAAAUGUUAGAGCCGUGCACGCACUCGUCUCGUCGUCUCUCAUAAGGAUUUGUGGACACUGUGUUUUUAUUAUAUUCCGUUAACUUCGGAGCUAAAUGGAAUAAUUAAUAUAAAAAAAAAAUUAAGUAAUUUAAUGUUGCAUAUAGCGUUUUUGUAACACGGUCAUUACAUUUAAUUCAACCAAACAAUUGGAAACUGUGACAUAUCAAUGUCAUUUCGAACCUCAAUCGUCAGAGAUAGUACGUACGUUUAGUAGCAAAUGUAUACACACGUUCUAAACACAAAUCAAUAUGUAAACAGGCCCUAAGGCAAGUGUAUACGCUCAUAAGGGCCUUAUAAGAUAAAAAUAAAUUAAUGAUUAUUUCCGAAAUGGAGUUACUUAAAAUACCGGUGUCUUUGAGAAAGUUACUUAAUUUAAGCUCAGGAACCUACCCUUUAAAUUAACGGAAAUAAAAAAAACUCGGUGUAUAACAACGCGCACGUGAUCGUGCACGCCUGCGCUAACGCUUCCUGUGUGCACAGGCCUUUAAACCUUUUCGACGCCGUUCCAAAUACAAAAGCUGUCACUCGGACGCCACGUCGCCGAUGUGUCAAAACUAAAAUUGAACCUUAUGCAUAUGCACGUAGGUCUAUUUUGCUAUGUUGUCUGUGACGGAUUAAUCCGUCUCCGGCGUAGUACCUACUGUACGGAUAUAUCCGUCAUUAGCGUCAAAAAGUUUUAUUGUGUUUUGAUUUGUCUUAUAUAAUGUACAAACUUAAAUUAUUACAGCGUUAGUAAAUAAGGCUUCAUUAAAUGUAAUAUUUACACGAUUUUGGGUUUGAUAAGCAAUGGUGUUUGCAUUUAAGGUCCCCGUAGACGGAUGGUUUUAUUGAUAUAUUGCGCAAUAAAAUUGACCGCCUAUGAGAUGUGUUUUUGUGAACCCAAAGAUAAUAAUCUACCUGAUUUAAUUAUUCAAUAAUAUAUAGCAGGUAUUAUGAAGAUAUUUGUGUCAUUCUCAAGCAAAUGGUAUCACAUUGUCGCUUGCCAUUAGGACGCUCUGACAGGAUAUUCAUAUAAAGAUACGAGCAAAUUUCGUCAUUAUGGUAAUAGACUAUGUGGUACAUUUUGCUUGAGAACUUCACAUUUAGAUGCAAUUUUGACAGUUUAUAUUACGAUUGAUAUUAGUUUGACAGCUGUCAAAGAUGUAUCUAAAUGUCACCAGUUUGUAACGAUUGUCAGAUCCAUCCACACACAGUUGGCAUCAGACAUAUUUGAGCGGCAAAUGUUCUCAAAUGCAUCUGAACAUGCAGUUAUUUAGUUCGAAUAAAUUUAAAUAUUUUUUAAUCGAAUUAUAAUAAAGCAAAAUCAACACUAUUUCCUUGUGUUAAGGUUAACAUUUUACUGCCAUUUCUUUUUUGAAAGGCUGUAUCUUAGGAGGUUAAUAAUAGAACCUUUGUUCAGAUAUUUUUGAACACCUUUGCUCCUGUCAUAUAAUAUCAUGCGACAUCGAGAGAUACUAUUAGUGAUUAAAAUAAUUAAUAGUACAUAACGAUACAUUGUAUGUAUGUAUUGUAUAACGUUUUAUAGUACACAUGGCUCUUUAAAUUUUCAACAUACGCACGUAUAUUGCUAGUUACCGCACUAGGGCGGUAAAAUAGCAACAUAUGUACUGUAAUAGUCCAUUACGAUACAAGUGCGAAAAAUAGGAAAUUCGAAACGAGUGGCGAUAAAUUAAAACACGACCGAAGGGAGUGUUUUAAAUCGACACGAGUUGUGAAUUACCUAUUCGCACGUGUAUCGUACAACGUUUUACAGUACAUAUGGCUCUUUAAAGUUUCGACAUAUGCACGGAAAGUGCUCAUUCCUGCGUGCGGGAACCUAGCACCAUAUGUACUGUAAAAUGUUAUAUAACAUUCACAAAUGAUUAUUUGAGUUAGAAUUCAAGAAAAUGAAUGAGCCUUACAAAUAAUUGUCAUUUCAUAACCUAAUAUAUUAUAGAAUAGUUUCUCGUUUUGUUAUACACUUGUAUAGUUUAUACUACUACAUAUAGAGUUAAAAAGUUGUGUUAGUAAAAAUAACUGAUACAAUAGUAUAUUACAUACAGUCUAAGAAAAAAACGUGCAUUUUGAUAUUCAAAACAGAUGGCGCUGUACUGCGCCAUAUGUUUUGCGGUCACUGAAUUGUCAGACGUCAACUUUUGACAAUCAACCACAAAAUGUAUGGAAAUUGAAAAAAAAAAAUAUUUUAAAUUUUACGCAUCUUACUCAAUCAAUGUAUCUUUAUUACAUACCUAGGGCAGCAUGUAAUUGUUGGCCGCGACGAAGCCGAGGUCGACAAACAUGCGAUCUGAGGCUUUAUUAUUUACUGGCCGAGGUGUGUAACUUGCUGUUCAAAGGGGCCGGAAAGCCGCAACUUCGUUUAGCGGAAUGGGCAGAAAGUUGACGCUUUCCGGCCGGAGAGCAGAAAAAAUAUGCCAUUACCGUCGUCCAUACUUAAGAGUCGGCUUUUUGGCGGAAGGUUCAUGUGACUCUUAACACAUUCACCGUUGAGCUACUGUCGUACCCGAUAACAUAGGCUUCCCGGUAUGUAGAGAAAAUGCUUUGCCUCUAGCAAAACGACAACGUGUCGUGAUUGGCGCUGAAUGGGUUAAAGUCCAAGUUAGAUCGUUUACAAGAGAAGUAUCUAUCUGCGAGAAAGAGAUAUUCAGUCAGUCGUUUUACUAAGCAACUUGUUGAUAAAUUAUUAUAUCUACUUAUAGAUAUAUAUAAACUAUAAAAUACAUGAUUUAGGUACGUUUGAGUAAGAUUUUCAAAAUAUAGAUCCAGAAAUAUGGAUUGAUGUUUUUAUUUUAUUGAUUAGGUGUCAUCCACAUAUUACGUCACAGCAACAGGAGGGGGGGGGGGGGAUGACUAAUGUGACAGUACAUGGUAGAGACAGGAAAAAGCGUGAGGAGGGUCCAAAAAACUCGAAAUUUUGUGUGACGUAAUUAAUGGAUAACGCCUUAUAGGUCUACCACUUAUCUCGGGCGGAGGUAAGAAUUCAUGGGCAACGGUAAUCGCCUACUCUCAGGCGAUCUGUCCGCUCGUUGGUCCGACUUGACCAGAAAAGUGAGGGAAUGUCAUUGUAAACGUCUUAUUUCAUAGAAAUAACACAUUAAUUAUGACACUGCCACACUGUCAUCCCAAAUGUCAGGCAAAGUUUGGUCGGACUCUAGACCAAUGUUUUUUUUUUAAAUUUAUUCUGUAGAUCUCACUCAAACUACCAUUAAACAUUCACGGCUUCGAAUAAAUCGUUUUGUUUUUAUUUUAAAAUUGUAUUUAUAAAUUAGUAUGAUAUUAGAAAUACGGGUACACUGAAAUUCUAACAAAUAUAUAAAUAUCCGAUCUAGUAACCGCUUAACACAUUCACUGCUAAGCUAUGGUCGUAGCCGAUAACAUAGUUUUCCCGGUAUGUAGAGGAAAUGAUUUGUAGAGGCAAAACGACAACCUGCCGUGAUUAGCGCUGAAUGGGUUAAUGAACUACUUAAUUAUUUUGCGCUAUUUGCUUUUGCGUUGAUUUGUGGCUAAUUUAAUAAAAUAAUUCGACGUUAGACUGUACAAGUGGUACCUAUAAAAAAGUUUGUUAGAAAUUUCAUUGCCUCGUAUUUUUGUACUAGACUGUAUAUUCAGCAGUAGAUAUAUAUGUAUUAUGUUUUCUUGAACAGUGUUUAAAUAGUACAUUACGAUACAAGUGCGAAAAGUAGGAAAUUCGGAACGAUUAGCGGUAAAUGAAAACAUUAUUUGAAUCGACACGAAUUGCGAAUUAUUUCGCACGUGUAUUGUACAACGUUUUACAGUACAUAUGGCCCUUUAAAUUUUCAACACGCACGUAUAGUAUUACCGCACUAGGGCAGUAAAGUAGCACCAUAUGUACUGUAAAAGUUUUUACAAUUUUUUUUGACAAUACUAACGUGUUUAAUUUUGUAUGGGCCCCAAGUGUGUAUAUAUUAUUGCUGAUUGUACAUGUACAAUACAUUAGUAACUUUGGCAUACCUUUGAUAAUCGGUAUUUUUAGAUAAAACGUGAAUCUGUGCUUUAAAAUCUCACCUACUUAUAAUAAAUGUAUGGCAGGUACAUUCCAAAA